CGGCGGCCGCGGCGGCGCUCUCGAACCCUCCGAUCUCGGCGUCGCGGCGACGCUGAAGCCCCACCAGCUCGAAGGCGUCUCGUGGCUCCUGAGGCGAUACGAGCUCGGCGUCAACGUCAUUCUCGGAGAUGAGGUCAGUCUCAUUCGCCCUCGAUAACCAAAUUUAAGAUCCGAGAUUGAUUUGAAUCUGUUGCCUUGAUUGGGAAAUUCCCCAUCAAAAAUUGUUGUUGGAAGAGGAUUUUACGGGUGAGGAGUAAGGCUAUCGAAUCAAUCGUUAGUUCAUUACUCAUCGCCGGAAUAAAUUCUUGCUAGUAGCGGGUGUCGAGAUGCGACAAAACCACCUGUGUUUUGCUAGAUUUUCAGUGUAUUCGAGAUGGGCCUUGGAAAGACCCUGCAAGCUAUCUCUCUGUUGAGCUAUCUGAAGAUCCAUUCCAUGUCGCCCGGGCCGUUUUGUGUGUACAUUUUGUUAGUGAUAUUGUGUCCUUUAAGCGUCACGGAUGGCUGGGUAUCUGAAUUCACUAAAUUUUGCCCAACUCUAAAAAUCCUUCGUUAUGUCGGCGAUAAAGGGCAUCGUCUUGGCCUUCGAAGGGCCAUGUACGAGCAUUUUCAAAGGCUGUCUUUGUCGUCUUCUUCUGAUGCGUUUCCAUUUGAUGUGUUGUUGACAACCUAUGAUGUAGCCUUAAUGGAUCGGCAUUUUCUUUCUCAAAUACCCUGGCAUUAUGCUGUUAUCGAUGAGGCGCAGCGCCUUAAAAACCCUUCCAGUGUAUUGUAUAAUGUACUAGAGCAACACUUUGUCAUGCCUAGACGGUUGUUACUGACCGGCACCCCCAUUCAAAACAAUCUUUCCGAACUGUGGGCUUUGUUGCAUUUUUGUAUGCCUUCUAUAUUCGGAACAUUGGAAGAAUUUGUUCUCACGUUCGCGGAAGCUGGGAGUUCACUUACAGGUGGUGAAGCAACUAAAGCAAAAAGGCAAUUUAAAGUAUUGAAGUAUAUAAUGAGAGCAUUUAUGCUUCGGAGAACAAAAGCAUUGCUUGUUGAGAGUGGAACUUUAGUGCUGCCUCCUCUGACUGAAAUAACUGUGAUGGUGCCGUUGGUACCGCUGCAAAAGAAGCUCUACAUUUCAGUUCUGAGGAAGGAACUUCAAACACUUCUUUCAUUUACCACAGGAGUCUCCAGUCAUCAAUCAUUGCAAAAUAUUGUAAUACAGCUCCGGAAAGCAUGCAGUCAUCCUUAUCUCUUUAAUGGUAUUGAACCUGAACCCUAUGAAGAAGGCGAGCAUCUGGUUCAGGCUAGUGGUAAGCUUAUCGUCUUAGACCAGCUACUUCAAAAAUUUCGUGUGUCAGGACAUCGUGUUUUGCUAUUUGCUCAGAUGACUCAUACUCUUGACAUUCUUCAGGACUUCCUAGAAUUGCGCAAAUACACAUAUGAACGCUUGGAUGGAUCUGUACGUGCUGAGGAACGAUUUGCAGCAAUACGAAGCUUCAGCAAGCAACCAACCGGAGGGUCUAUGAAGCAUCAUGAUAGUGAAAAUGGUGCUUUUGUAUUUAUGAUUUCUACAAGAGCAGGAGGAGUUGGUCUUAAUCUUGUUGGUGCGGAUACUGUUAUAUUUUAUGAGCAAGACUGGAAUCCACAGGCUGAUAAGCAGGCUUUACAACGUGCUCACCGCAUUGGGCAAUUGAAUCAUGUAUUAUCUAUAAAUCUAGUGACAGAACAUACAAUAGAGGAGGUAAUCAUGCGAAGAGCACAAAGAAAACUCAAGCUUAGUCAAAAUGUUAUUGGCGAGGAGAAUGAUGCACUAAAUGAAACGAGGAAGGAUGUGGAAAUUGAAGCUGGUGAUAUGCGGUCACUCAUUUUUGGCUUGCGUGUAUUUGACCCGACAGACAUUAAUACGGACACCUUAAAUGAGGACAAUGUGAUGAAGCUGAAAUUGAUGACUGACCGGGUGGUCAAAAUGCGUGAUCAUGAACCCUUAGACAAGGAAGACCGCACAUUUGAAAUCAAUCCGACUGAUCUAAUGGACAACAGUGAUACAGCAAUAAAAAGAACUUCUGAUGCCAUUAGUUUUGAUCCUGGAGUUGAUGAGGCUUCAUAUCUAUCUUGGGUUGAGAAGUUCAAAGAAGCUUCACCACCUACUGAGAAUGUUGCUUUGGAACUGGGAAGGAGAAGAUAUCGGCCGGAAGAAAAGCAACUAAAACACGAGGCCGAUAAGAAAAGAGCAGAGGAAAAAAGAAUGGCCAAGUGGGAAGCUCUUGGUUACCAGUCAUUGGCUGUCAAAGAUCCAGAUAUUAUGGUGGACCAGAAUAUUAUGUCAGAUUCAGGCUCUGUCCAAUUUGUUUAUGGAGAUUGUACCUAUCCAUCAAAGACUUGUCCUUCAGAGCCAGCUAUAAUAUUCAGUUGCAUUGAUACUUCGGGGAGCUGGGGUCAUGGAGGAAUGUUUGAUGCUCUAGCCAAUCUAUCUCCAUGUGUUCCAGAUGCUUAUCACCAUGCUUUUGAAUGUGGGGACCUUCAUAUGGGAGAUCUUCACUUAAUCAAAUUAGAUGAGACCAAGUGCAGUGGAAAUAUCUCUACAGAUGCUCCUCUGUGGGUAGCCCUAGCAGUUGUACAGUCUUAUAAUCCGAGACGUAAAGUUCCUAGGAGUGGCAUCUCUUUGCCUGAUCUAGAAAAAUGCUUGUCAAAGGCGACAUUCUCAGCUGCUGAACAUUCUGCAUCUAUCCAUAUGCCACGCAUUGGUUACCGAGAUGGUUCUCAACGUUCGGAGUGGUAUACCAUCGAACGCCUGCUCAAGAAAUAUGCCUCACUCCACGGCAUCACCAUUUAUGUAUACUAUUUCCAGCGACCAUCCAGAGAACAGCAAGCAUCAGAUGACUAGUUCCUGGUGAAAUUAUGCAACAUAUAUAUUUCAUGCAACGUAUGUGCAAAAUAUAUGAAUUAGAGAUAUAUGCUAUUUGACAGAUAAGAGUUUGAGUUUUCUACGCUACUUUAAUUUUGCUGUGAAAGAAAAUUUGCAAGGUAAAGAGCAACUGCAGGUUUGAGAAUGAUGGAUGAUUUGAGUUUUUCUUAUGCUGCACAGUUACAUUUGUACAUUUUAAUAAUUAUUAUACUUUUUAAAUGUCAAUAUUAUAUAUAUGUUAUGUUACACUCCAAAGCAGGUACAAUAUUUUUUAUUUCUCUAGAAGAAAACAUGAACGUUGUAUCUUAUCUUAUAAUUUGAAUACAUGUAUCGCACACAUCUAACGGUACGGUGUCACCACUUUGUAUGUCAAACAUCAUGCUUGAUGGCGGAGCUAUAUCCGGUCUGAUCAUCGUAGUACUUCGACCACAGCAUCACCCCGCCGUACUUGUUCGACUGCUUCAGCGCCGGGAGGACAUCGGACUUGAGGUUCCCGGCCGGAAUGAACCCGCUGCCCGCAGCGACGGGCGAAGCCGGUAAGCCGAGGAAGAUGUUCGUGGCAUUGAUCCCCGUCGUCCACCGGCUCCACGACUCCUCCAAAUUGGCCGCUCCCCCGGUCCGCGAGUACUGGCACGGCGGGUUGUUGUAGAACUGCACCCACACAUAGUCGAAGAGUCCCGUUUCCAAAGCCUCUCCGACCGACGCGUCCGGGUACGGGCACUGCGGCGCCGCCGUCAGGCAUUGGAGUAGGGGUCGCAGUGCCCCGCGAGGUUGAGCUGCGGGGUGCGGCUGGAGCCGAAGCUGCAGAGGAAGGCUAGGUUGACGAAGGCGUAGUUUCCGGUCGCGCAGGUCUCGGCGAGGGUGCCCUCGUUGCCGUUCUGGCCCCAGUAGACAGCGAUGCGCCCGGCCCGCGAGCAAUGAAGCAGAGAAGAGAGGAGGAAGAAGAAGAGGAAGCAGCAAGGUUUAGUCGGAUUGCUAAGGCUUGAUGUUGCCAUUGUGAGUUUUUCUUGUUUUUUGCUGUGAAAAUUGAGGAGAAUGGAAGUGGUUUUUGAUGGAUGGAAAUUACAUUGCCAUGAGGAGCUUAUUAUAUAGUCUACGGAGGAGAAAUACGUGCCUUUUUGGGCACGAAUUCAAUGGGUUAAAAAUACACGCCCA